UCAGCAUCAUGAGGAGGUCUAAUGAGUCAGUUUUUGCUAUUGAAUCACUAAAAACGUGAGUUAAUUGUGCAGAGUUCGUGAGUUUUGUGUUUGGCUUAUUUGAAAAUGGGACUGAUUGGUGCUCACUGUAUCUGGGGCAGCUGGGGGCGCGCAGCAGCCUGAAAAUGUUGCGCGUUCAAGGUAGGAAAAAAAAAAUUCUCUCGCUCUGCGGAGUCUGCGCAGUUCCGUUGUUCUCGUCACUCCGAACUUUCGGGAGAACCACGGAGGAAAGAGGGGAGAGAACAACGCCAUUUUCCUGACCCUUUGCUGUCAGACAGUUGUCUUUAGUCCAAACUGGCAGGUGGAUCAGCACCUGACAGGUCCCCCAGGAGGGCGGAGAAAUUGGACUCGGUACCAAACUGAGUCGUAGUGGACCAUCAGAAGAAGAGGAAGUGGAGUGGACAAGGCGGAGCUGGAGCGAUGUCGGCCUCAUGGCGUGAUGACGAUGAAGAGUUUAGGAUGGGAGGAGUAAGAGGAGGGUUGAGAGCCAAACCAAGGUUCUCCUUCACUGAGGUCAAACUGCUGCUGGAGGCGGUGAAGAGGAACAGAUAUAUCAUCCUCAGGAAGUUUAACCAAGGUGUGUCAGCUGAAACCAAGAAACAGACCUGGGCUGAAAUCACAAAUCAGAUCAACGGUCUGGGAGAGAAUCACAGAGAGGUACGUCAGAUUAUGAAGAAAUGGGCAGACCUCAAAUGUGAUGGAAAGAGACGUAUCGCAGCCCUGCGGGGCCCCAAUGGCAGCAACCUGAGGAAGAAGAACCUUGGCCCCGUGGAGAGGAUGGUCCAUAAGAUACUAAUGAUGAGUCCGAGAGGAGAUGGCGACAGUGAUCUGGACCUUGGCGAAGAUGAUGAUUUCUCAAAGCUUUACACCAAAGGCCUACCCUCUAACCCGCCCCCCUACUCCUACCUCAGCUUGACAGACAGCUCCCACGCGUUACCUGGAGGAGCCUCCUUAGACCUUUCUCCUCUCUCCUCACCAGAGAAAGAACUUGGUGGAGAUCCUUUCCAUUCCUCCUCUGACUUUGACUUAGACCUGGGUGACGACGGAGAACGUACCAUGGACUUCGACGAAAAUGACGACUCCAUGUUCUCCUCCCAUCCUUCCUCUCUUGCCCCGCCCUCCUCCACCUCCCUGGACCCCCUGCCUGAUGACGCCCUGCUGAGGGUCAAGCCAGUCUACACCUACUCCCGAAACAACAGCCAGAACCCCAACCAAAUCCAGAACCACAACUACUCCAGACCUACACCUGGACCCUCUUCCUCUGUGGCCUCAACCUCCUCUGUUUUCCAUUCAGUAUCCGAUUCGGACGCCGCCUCGUCCUCCGCUGCGCUUCCUUUGCCGCAGUCCCCCACAAACUCCAAUAUGGCUGCCUCCUCCCUCCCUGUUCCCCCCUCAUUUGCUCCCCCUCCUGCCUCCGCCUCUACAUCUGUUGCAGCCAGUGACUCUACCUCUCACCUUGCAGCCUCCUCAUCCUCCGUCCCACCACCUCUGGCUCCUCCUCCCGCCUCCUCCACCGCUGUAUCGUCCUCCUCUUCUGGUGCUCCUGCGACCGCUGCUCCCUCAUCUUCUGUCCUUUCGGCCAGCUCUCAUCAGCCACCUCCCUCCUCAGGCCUCCCAUCCAAUCAUCCCCCCACCUCAUGCUCAAACCUUUCUGACCCUCUCCCAGCUGGAGCGUCCUCCCGCAGGUCCCAGGACCACGUGGCCCAGAUGGCCUCUCAGAGCCUCCAGCAGCAGCGGGCCAGUAGGAUGCUCCUGACCUCAGUGUCUCAGUCUCUCGAGAUGUUGGCUCAGUCUGUCCAGCUGCUAGUGGAGAGCCAGCAGGAGUUUGUGCAGGAGUCUCUGCUGCUGCAAAGAGAGACGGUGGACAUCCUGAGGGACUUCUCCAACACGGCGCUGACUAUGCUGAGGGACAAAGCCAACAGUGGACAUUUGGCGGCACAUCACCCCCCGUCACACUUCUGAAAAAUGGAGAUGAACAAACUGUAGGUUUUCAAAUGAGACAAAAUGGGAAGGAACAACAAGCCAAGUGCAGGAAAAUGUUGGCCGGCAGUCAGCCACCAUGUGGACUCCUGGGGAUUUAAACAUCUAUCUUGUUAGUUAAAAUCAAAAGAGAGACGGUGAGAUUUGACUUUACCAGCCUGAAAAUGGGGCCAAACAAUUACCCAUUAGUGGCACAAACACAUUCAGUUUUAGCCCAUGAUCUCAUAAGAUGUUUAUUAAUGUGCCUGAAUCCUGUUUUUUCUUCUGUGUUUACUGUUGGUUUGUGGCAGGCUGAUGUGUUUCCCCCACUAUUUGGCAUUUUAAAGGUGUUGUUUUGAGCUGCUGAAAUCCCCCGCUUACAAACAGAACGGCUGACCGGAUCGUGGCGAUGCGCGGAGAUACAAACGCACAUGAAGAUACACUAGACGACGCAAGGACAGAGUCUUGCGUUUCAGUUGACAUUUUAACGUCUUGAGUGCACUGGGUCACUGGGCUCACUGAGUGAGAGGAAAUUAACAAAGAAACUGUAAAGUGUCAGUAGAACGUAAAAUGGUACUAACCCUGCAUUUGAGCUCCACGUCCCACUCUGCAUCAGAGUGGGAGCGCCCCUCCGGCAGCCAUUUUACUGCUUUCAGUGUUGUUAAACCUAGGUCUACAUCGGCUCAGCUAGAACUGGCUCCGCGGUCACACUGUCCUCUCCAACUGCUGGAAAUCUCCGCCGGAGUAAAACCUUGUCCGGUGUUGGCCGAGGGCAACAUGGCAGGAGCUGGGAGAGAGCAAAAAGAAAAUUAGAGAGAUAUAUCUCUCUCAACAUGUUUUGUCGAGGUUACUGCUGAAUUUACUGCUGCUGAUGAAAAAGAUUCUUCCAAAGGGUUCAUUGGAGUCAUUUUUCAAAAUUAAGGUCAAAACGUUCUCAUUUAUACGUGGGAUCUAGUAAUCUGCUUCCAAAAUGCCUCCAUGUUUGGUCUGACGGCCUCAGUAACAUGUAUUAUAUUAUAUGGGGGGGUUGUAUUUAUUUAGAUUUCUGGCCCACAAUCUCUCUUUAAUUGAAUUGAGUGGAGAGAAUAGAUAUGGCGCAUGCUCCAGUUAGGAGCCAGUCGAGGAAAUCAUCCCGUUCACACGCCUGCCUCUUGACUCGCUGUAAGGUGAAAUCUGGGUCAGUGUCAUCUGAUACGGCUAAAAUCCCAGUGAAUGGGUAUUAAAUGACGCACCGUCAUCAUCCCUAAAUAAGAGUUGUAUUAUGCAGAGGCGGACUGAGCUAAAUCCUGCUGCGGGUAAUGUUUGAGACUUAUUUUAAUCCACCAACUCCCCUGCGUCACACUCGCUGUGUCACUUUUUGCACUAGAACCUGGAUUUUGGUUAUGACUGUUUAAAGACUUCCUCCAAACCUUCAAUACUUCUGCCUCCCUAUUGGUAUCUGUAAACCAGCAAACAGCCGAGUCGAUACAGCAGUUUUUCUGGGGAAUUAGUCGAGAAGCUGUUGGAUGAGACAACUAUACUGCCCACCCCUACAACAGUGUUUCUAUCCACGAAUAAAAAACGACAUUCCAGCGGAAAGCAAUGAAAUCCUUCAUUCAGAGUUUCUGUGCUUAACUACAUAGUUUAAAACGAGUUCAAAUGUUUAAAUGUGUGGACCCAAAAAACCAGGAGUUUGUUGUCUGAAUGAUCUGGAAUGAUCUCUCUCUUUCUCCCCAGUCACGGAUCAUUCAGAAAUAUGCUGGCUGGAGAAGUUUUUGAGUAUUUUUGAUUCAUUUUCUGUGGAAAGUGAAUCAAGGAAAAACAGUUCUAUAAUGCAGUGGAUAAAGGAAACUAUUUGUAAUAUUAUGUCAUUAAAAACUAUUAAAGGAUAUUUCAAGGCAGGACUUGUGGUAGAACGGUGAACGUGGCUGGUGAAUUUUGAAAAUCGUCAGCGACUGGAGUCUAAGGUGAUUUUAUAAAGGAGACUUAAUGAAGAACAAGACUGAGCCAAUUCCUGCAGGACAUUGUCCGGCCCCAUAACCGUUUCCUUCAGCCUGACGCCCUGGCAGGCAUCAGAUGAUUGAGUCGUCUAUGACGGUUCCUGGAAACACACAGCAGACUUAAAUUUCCAGGUCUUCUUGAAACUCGUACAGAACCGCAGUUUAUAGAAUACACGGGGGUUAUGUACACACGCCUAUGCAUUUUUGUGGUUUGCGACAGACCCCUGAACAACUAACAUCCAGUAGAGACUGAGCCGACCGUCAAAGAACCCUUAACCAGAACCAUUAAGGAUGUUCCGCUGGCCACCAUAGACCUAAAGAUGAUGUGCUUUCGAAACGGUUGUUUCUCUGACCAACGCUCUCCCUUGGCCUCCUUUCUGCUCAGUCCAGCUCAUGGCAUCGUAUUCUGAAUCGGCAGACCUCCCACUGAGAGUGCAGUUUCAUCACUUGCCGUCGGCUCUCCGUCUGACCGACUGACCAAACGACUGACUGUCUGCUGUAACACCAGGCCAUGUGAUGUUUCCUGCAACUAAAUCCUGAGAAUAAAGAUUUUAUUA